GCUGUUUUGGAGGUUUGGUUGCUCACAGACUGAUGUAACUCUUCACUGAAACAUCUGUCCGAUCAGCUGUUUGGACUGCCGGAUUUUUGGAGUGAUUUGAGGAUGAGUGGAGCAGGGGAUGUUGUGUGUGAAGGCUGGCUGAGAAAGUCUCCACCUGAGAAGAAGCUACGUCGAUACGCAUGGAAAAGGCGUUGGUUUGUUCUGCGAAGCGGCCGACUGAGUGGAGAACCGGAUGUUCUGCAGUACUACAAGAACCAGCAUUCUCGCCGACCAAUUAGAACCAUCAAUCUGAAUCUUUGUGAACAGGUUGACGCAGGUCUGUCCUUCACCAAGAAAGAACUGGAGACCAGCUUUGUUUUUGAUCUGAGGACAGAGGAGAGGACCUGGUAUCUGGUGGCCGAGUCCGAGGGCGACAUGAACCGCUGGGUGACAUCCAUCUGCCUGCUCUGUGGAUUCAACCCAACCGAUGAUGUUCCAGAAAGAAUUGUAAGCUCCAGUUCUUCCUCCACAUCUGUGACCAGUGGCGCCCCCGCUGUCUCCAUGGUAACAGGGUCAGUCCCGCCCCCGUACGAACCAGUGGGCGUGCAUCACCUGGAACACGAAAGCAGCACCGAGGACGACUACCUGUGGUUAUCAAACUGCCAGAGUUACAUCGGGCCUCCUUUGGGUUCAACGACUUCUCUCGAAACCGACUACAACGACAACCUGUGCCCCCCACCUUCAGCCACAUCAUGUUCCUCAUCCUCGUCUUCCUCUCCUUCUCUUCCUCCCAACAGCCUCCCACCUCCGUCCUCGUCCAGCUAUAGGACAGCCCCUUGGAGCGUCGCUGUGCUAUCAAGCCCUCUCAGCCAGUCGCUGGAUGCCACGAUGACCUCCGACUUCCUGAAACGAGCCAGACCUCACUGCCACCCUUCUCUCCAUCCUAGAAAGCACUCUCUAGAUUUCCACCUCCGUCCUUUGGCCGGUGCGGACAUACACUCUGGUGUGCAUCGAUCAGCCACUGUGAGCAGUUACCAAGUUCCUCGUCCUGCAUCUACACCUCAACCGCCUCUGCGUCCAUCUUCUACUCCCAGUGUGGACUCCUUAACCCAGGAAGAGAUCCACGCUUCCCUCCCAACUUUUCCUCCUCCUCCUCGGCCACCCAAGCCCCCAGCUAUUACACCCGUUGGAGGUGGCUCCUCUGAUGGUGUGGGACCUGCUACGCUACCCAGAACCAACUCAGAGUCAGAGAGGAGGGACGGAUGCACAAUCAGAGGACAUCUGAUAAAAGGUUGUGAAGCAUUUUAUUUUCCUCGGUCUCAGUCCGACAGAGCGAGCAUGUUUGAGUUCAGCGAGAGCUUCAACAAUUACUUUCUCAAUAAAGGUAUGGUACCUCUGGGCACCGUUGGUUCUGAAGACGACAACGUGACUGAAAAUUAUGUUCUCAUGAGCGCCGCUACCACCGAGCCCCCGGUUGCACCAAGGGUACAUCCUGGUGCCCCUUCAGACCCCCCUGCCCAGCUACAAGACCCCAACUACGUCCCCAUGACUCCUUUGACUUCUUCCCUUCCUGCUCAUCCCAAUCCUGCUAUAGGUGACCUGGCAUUUCUGGGGAGGCAAGUACCUCCACCAGCCCACAUGGGUUUCCGUAAUUCCUUGAAGACUCCAGUUAUUCCCUUGACCCCACCACCCCAGAGGAGUACUGUGAUUACCAGUGGAGGUGAAGCUGAAGCCGUCCCCCCUCCGAUCCACCGCAACCUGAAGCCGCAGAGGAAAGGAGUUUGUACCAACCAGUCUGUGGAAAAAAAUGACAACCAAACUGCUGGAGAGCCAACACAUAAAACAAAAGUCAAACCAGCUCCUUUGGACAUCAGUCCAGUUCCUCAGGACUGGCAGGAAGUUCCGCCGCCUGUGCGCUCCCCUGUCACCCGAACCUUCACGCGGGGUCCGUUCAGUCGCCGGUCAGACCGGCCAAUCUCUGCUCAGAGCUCCUCCCCCUCCUCAGACUCUGACGACCUCGACGACAGCUACGUCACCAUGACGACGUCAAACUUCAGCUUCAGUGCAGAGGAGACAUCUCUAAGGCUGAUGCUGCACCGAGCCUCUGAGGGCGGAGUGAGCAGCCCGCUGUUACACCGAGCCAAAGCUGACAAACAGGUGGAGUAUCUGGACCUGGACCUUCACACCGGACGUUCAACACCAGCAAGACAGAAACGCUGCACGGCCGAUGGUCGCACCAGCAGCGCUGAGCUGGGUGGAGCCGGCGAGGAGCGUGCACGAGGGCAGUGCACGCGUGUGGACUACGUUGUUGUGGACCCCAAAAGGACUAAGGCCUUGAAGAACACCCGGGAAGCGUGGCACGACGGGAGGAUGUCUACAGAGAAGGAGAAAAGCUGAACGAGCACAAAGACUCAAACACAUCUGGAUGGGAUUUGUUGCCAGGAAUUAGAUUAAAGAUGUUCCUCUUUUUAAAUACGAUUCAAAAUAUUCAAC